UGAUUCUAACACGUGACAACGGGGGGCGGAAGUGUCAUUGAGAGUCUUGAUUGUUUUGUUCUCAUUCCUAAACCUCAUCGGAUAAACAUAAUCAUAACGACGUGAAUAACAUGACCACCAUAUCACAAUUUGUGAAUGAUCAGCCGGUACUGCAUCGGCGGGAGUUUGAGGAGCUAGAUAGUCGAAGAAGGUGUCAAUCUCAUCAUCCAUCCAACACACCAAGGCAAACAUUCCAGGAUGACCCUAGAGUCAGACCACCUGGACCUAGAUGGCAAGGCCCUCCCGGUGACCCUGGGACUUGGUGGUCACGCCCCUCUGGCGCCCCUGGAACCAGGCCCCGCCCCACCGCUGACCCCAGAGCCAGGCUACGCCCCUCCGGUGACCCAAGGCCCAGACCACGCCCAGCCGGUGACCCCAUGGCCAGGUGGCCCCUCAUUGACGAUCCCACGACAAGACCUCAGGUGGAUGACUGCGAGCGGAUGGGGACCCUUUUCGGGCAGCUAAACAAGUGCCUGCGCAGCGCGGGCUUCACCCAGAUGUACUUUGGGGAGAAGGUUGUGGAUCCUGUGAUCAUCAUCUUUUUCUGGGUCCUACUGUGGUUCCUGGGCAUCCAAGCUCUUGGGCUGGUGGGGACUCUGUGCAUCGUCAUCAUCUUCAUCCAGAAGUAACUCGAUCUCCAGCCUGUUUGAUUGACAGUUGGGAGCUCCGGUGUCUACAAAUAAAAAGGACUUGAACUCCAAAUGAAAGGACUUGAACUCCCUCGCUGUCUGUUCUGUUUGCAUUAAAAGGGCAAUCAGCGGUUACUUCUUACUUUUUUGGACUUGUAUAUUAAUGAUAUGUACCCAUUGAUUCUUGAAGAAUAUUAUGCCUCAUGAGCUUAGUUUAACUGUGGUACCCCAUCAGAACUCAAAAUAUAAGCUUGUUUUACCCUAAUGUUUGUAAACAAACACUGUAUAGCAUAGAAAAACCUGGUUAAAACUAUCAUUUGAAUAUCAUGGAUGGUCAGUCCUUGCAUCCCUAGCUCUGUCUUUGAAUUUGAGAAUGGUUAAAUUUCUCCAGCCCCAUAUCGCCACUUUAUGCUGAAACAGAGGUGGGGAGCAUGCUUUAUUUUUCAGCUGCUGAUUGACACUUUAAACCUUCCUAGACUCAGUGAGCGUUUGUCAAUACUCAUCUUCUUAGUGGCCAACUACACUUUAUCUGGAGGGAACAUUUAGAGUGCUGGCAGGUGAAAUGGGGGCCUUGCUCUUAACUACAGAUCUCCUGGUUUCAAGCUUUUAAAACUCAAAAUCAGACCACUUUGCUCACUAGCUGCGCCCCAAUACUCAAAAGCAAUGUCUCAUUAUCUCAUUACAUGUGUGAGUAUUGAAUUGAAAGAACUGGAUCAGUGAAAGCAAUAUAUCUAAUAGCUUAACUAGUUUUGUAUCACAUAGUUUAACUGGUAAAUGUCAUUUUCAAGUGUUAUGAAGUUUUUGAUCAUGAGGGAAAGCAAUCAAGGAAAGGAAGUCUAUCAGAACUAUUUGGAUGCAGCCAUUGCUUCAAGUAUACUGAGCAGUUAAAUAUGCAAUCUGUAAGCCUCCCGUGUGGCGCACCUCCCGAGCCUGAAUGGGAGUUGUAGCGAUGAGACAAGAUAGUAGCUACUAAAAACAAUUGGAUACCACGAAAAAGGGGUAAAAAUAAAUAAAAAAUAAAUAUGCAAUCUGUAAGAUGAUAUCUAUAGUGUACAUGGAAUUAUAUUAUGUGGGGAAAAACAAAUAUUUCGUAACAUCAUUAGAACCUGUAGCCUAAAUCAAGGAGCGGCCCGUCAUAUUCCAAGGUGCAUUCCAUGAGAUUUGCACAUACAAGUAGCACUGUAUUUCUAUGAUACAAUUUGUAGUGGUCAAGGAAGGAUAUUCCAUGAGAGCAACAUUACUUUGCUUCACAUCUUACAUUAUAUGCCAUUUUGUUAAACAACAGAAUUAAGUAAAAUAUCCUUCAUUUUGGGGUUAUCUAGAGGUCUGUUUCUGCUGCAUUAGUUUUAAUUACCAAUGACCAUCAGGCCAUAUGACAGAUUGUUUUUUAAGGCAAGUUGGGAGCAACAUUCUAACACCUGCAUGCCUACAAGGACCUGGAAUGCAUAUCACUGACUGGUUUAUUAGGUUCUAUAGUAACGUGAGUUGUCCCCCUACUUUGAAAAUGCAUUCAAACAUAUACCUUUGAUAUGCAUGUACUUCAAAGUAAUGUGUGGUUGCUGUGAAGGAGAAAAGUGUGCUCAUGACUAGCAUGGAUGUUUAACUUUUGCACAUUUGUAAAUGGGAAUGGUAGAGAGAGUUAUAUUAUAUCAAGCCUAUCCUUUUGAAUGAAAAUGGUACAUAAAUUGUCAGGAAUCCUACUAUUUUUAAAGUUGCAUGUAAUAUGUAACUUGAAAGCAAGUCUAAGAAGCGGUAGAUCUGUUAUGUGCUCUAUUUCUAUGCUUCCCGUUACUUUCGGUUUUGUUCACCAGCUGAAAAUACAAUAUUUUUUAGAUGGACAAAUGAUUUUCUACACUAUACAUUGCUUGUUUUGUCACAAACUGAAAUUGGGAGAACUAUUCAAAUUUUUGUAAUCAGGAAAUUAUGACGUGAUUUAUGCAUGUUGCACCUUCAGUGGAGGUGUCAAAAUACCCAUAAAACCUACCGGUCAAACAGGGAAAUGGGAUUUUAUGAAACACUUCAAAUAAGGGCUGUGUUUCGUGUAGGCUUACCCUGACGUGCCAUUUUGAUAACCAUGUAAAUCUCUCUCGGACAAGGUGACUUUUAUCAAUAUAUAUAUAUUCGGCUCUGUUUCCUCUCAUAUUUAAAAAAAGAAAUGCUAAGUAGCAUUAAAGGAGACAUCAUGCAAAACUACAAAUCCCUUCAAUCUCCUGAAUCUUCUCUAGCUGACAACUUUGCUAACAGGUAUUGUGUCAAUUUAAAACUUGCAAUAGACGGUUCAAAUAAUUGUCCAUUUAUAGAAAUGUAGUCAAUUUAUUCAUUACUACAAUUAGCUAACAUUAGAUAGUUAAUCCAGAGAUUCUUACCUUUGCCUUGAUUUGGAAUUCUCGUCCAGAUAAUCAUGGCAUUUGUAGUUCUUUAUGAAAGCCACAUUAGCAGCUAAUUAGCGUUUCAUUUUGGGGGUAAAUGCAGGCUAAUAGAUUGAUAAAAGUCACCUUGUCCUCGAGAGAUUUACACAGUUAUCAAAAUGUCACACCAUGGUAAGUCUACACAAACAUUAUUUGAAGUGUUUCUAAAAUCCCCUAUGGGAAAAAUAAAUGGUUGAAAAACAAUUGAAACCAUUUCCCUGUUUGACUCUAGGUUUCAUGGGUAUUAUGACUCGUACUGUGGUACUCUAUUGAGAGUGGUAUGUCAUUCUGAAAAUUACUCCAAAUGUAAUCGGAAGGUAGUGCUGUAAGGCGAACAAGCACUUAUCCUUGUGGUUCUUUGUUGUCAAUUAAUGUAGGAAAGGCUAUAUCAAAUCGCAAUGUUGAGAUUGACUAGGCCUAAAUAUAUCACUGCUUUUGUGAGAGAUACUGCUACUAUCAUACUGUUUGAAGAUUAUGAUGAUGAUGACUUUCCGUCAUGGGUGUCCAAAUAUUCAAUAUUACAGACAUCAGAAUGUAUGAUAGACCACCUACUUAUACUACUGUAAGCCAGAGGACUGCAAAGCAUGCCCAGUGUUCACUGCUUGAGAAUAGUUGUUUAACUUGUGGAGUACUACAUACACAUCACAUACACUCCUAGGAAAAUAUUCAGCAGCACUAUUGGUUGAGUGCAAGAGCCAGGGAUGUAGCCUAGUAAACACUGAUAAAUGAACAUUGUCCAUAAGUGCUGAUCUAAAGUAGUUUUUGCUGCAUAAGGUUUUAGGUUAGGAUUGGAUUAAUCGACUUCAGAAAAAAACUGUCAUUUUAUAAGCUUGUGUGGCCAACUAAAAUACCCGUAGUCUUUGUGGAAUGCUUUUUGGUGUUUGGCAUGUUCCAAGUUGAUAUGCAAGAUUUUUUUUAAGUGGAAUGUCUAUUAAUAUCUACAAAGUAGACUUUUAAGAGUGAUCGAGCACAAAGCAAAACAGAUGUGGAUCUGCAGUGUGAAUUGAGAGGGAAUUUGUUGGAUUGAAUUGAUAUAUCAUAUUCACUAUAGGUAUGUCUGUGAUCAGUUUGGUAAACAUAGAUCCCGCAUUCCUUUAACAAUGAGAAUAUACAGUCAUUUCUGUGUAUAAGAAUGUUGAAAUUUGGGUAAAUUACUUGAUGAUUGAAAAGCUGGACGAUGUGUGAGAAAUUUGUAACAAAUGUUAAUAUGGUUUUCUCCUUUUUGGCAUUAAUUGUACACUAAUUGAGUGUAAAUGCUUUGCUACUGUAUGAGUAUAAGAUGUUGUAUGUCAAGCCAAGCGGCCGGUAGCCUAGCGGUUAAGAACGUUGGACCAGUAACUGAAAGAUUGCUGGUUCAAAUCCCUGAGCCGAGUAGGUGAAAAAUCUGUCUGUGCCCUUGAGCAAGGCACUUAAACCCUAAUUGUUCCUGUAAGUUGCUCUGGAUAAGAGUGUCUACUAAAUCAGGGGUACUUUUUCACUCAGGCCCCCCUUCCAGCAUUGGCAAAAAACCUAGCAAAAUAUCGUUAGCUGACAUGGGUCAGUUGAUCUAGACAUUUCUGACAAGUUGUAAAUAGCUCUCUAAAGUAUGUCAUGACUGACAUGACAAGAGGAAAACUGAUGAUGCACUCCCCAAUUUCGAUUUUGCACCUUGUGCAUUCUACUAUUACACUUUUCAAGAGUAAAUUGAAAGCCAGACUGAGUUCCCCCUGCCGACCCCUCGCCCCACAGUUUGGGACCCACUGUGCUACAUGACUAAGAAUGUAAAAUGUAAGUCUUCCACAGAGGAAUCUUUCAGGACAGAAAAGGAUGGCAUAGCAUGGAUCACUGAUUGUGCCGUACUCAUACCAAUGAAUUAAUAUAAUCGUGCUUCAUUUUUAUUAUUGAUUUUUAGUUAUAUUGAUUUAUUUUAAGAUUAAGAUUUCUGAGUGAUAUUCAGAUCUUACAAUGUUAUACAUACUUGCAAAAUGAUUGAACUUGAAUUUAAAACAUGUAGAUAAAAGUUAUGUUUUUAAAAAGUA